CAGUCCAUAUAUAUUUCUUUUCCACGGGCCUCGUUGUUUGAUACGCGUGUUGCAGUAUCUGCACUGUAACAGAUAUCCGUAACACAGAAGCCUUUUACCUUGUGAUACCUGUGGUACUGUACAGGAUGUGCCAUGAACGAGAGCGACAGAAAAUCAUCUGUCUUCAGCCAAGGAAAAGAGUUUGAUGCUUGUUUUAGUCAACCACAUAGACCUAUGGGGCACCUGAUGUGCCUAAAACUCAGGUGCUUCCCCAGGUGCAGUGUAAUGUGCUCUUUGCCUUCCCCAAAGAGACCUCCUCUGACAUUCCACCUCCAUUGAAUGAAGGGGAGACAGGCUUGACUGGGAGAGAAUGAAAUAAACAGCACUGCAGCGCUUUGAGGAUGCAGGAGGCCAAGUUUAGAGCAGAAAUGUAAAUAAAUAUUUGCCAUGGCAUUCAUUAGGUGUGGCAGCACCACAAUAAGUUCCUGCUGCAGCUGAGGAGCUGAACAGAUUGAGAAAGAUCCUCUGUGGGCAAAAAAGGGUCAUUUGUUCAUCCAUGGAGCACAAGGACACACAUCCUGCAACACCCUGGCACCUCAUUGUACCCACGAGGGCACAGAUGAACGUCUUCCACCGUGAAGUGCUGGUUUGCAAAAUAACAAUUAAUUUUAAAACGUUACAACGCCCUUUGCAACAGCCCACUGUAAUUAUUGUACACGGAAAACAAGUUCAUUCUGGUCUUAACCAGAGGAAGACAUAAACAUCUACUAAUAGAGAAGAAACAAAGUUUAAUUUGCUCACGGAUCAGUGAAGUCCAAAAAUGUGAAUUCAUUUUGGGUGGACUUUGCCCUUUUUUGGUAUUUAAGAUUCAGGAGCAAGUGCCAGCAGAGCUUAGAAAGACAACCCUCACAAUCUGUAUCCACUCCUGGCAUCACUGACUGCUGCCCCUGUAAUAAACCAUCCAGAAACGGAAUACCUCAAUAAAUAAAAAGGGAUCUUUUAAGAGGUGAGAUGAACCUUGAAGAGUAUUUUGCAAGAACUGGCUAUAAAGGCUCCACUGAAAAACAAGAUUUGGAAACCUUAACCGAUAUAUUCCAGCACCACAUCCGUGCUGUUCCCUUUGAAAACCUCAGCAUCCACUGUGGGGAGAAAAUUACUUUGGAGUUGGAGCAUGUUUACAACAAGAUCGUGCGGAAGAAGCGGGGUGGCUGGUGCAUGGAGAACAACCAGCUGCUGGGCUGGGUGCUGAAGGGCCUGGGCUAUGACACCAGCUUCCUGGGGGCGUACGUGUUCAACCCCCACCAGAAUGCCUACGCCACCCUCAUGACCCACCUCGUGGUAAAGGUUGUCAUUGAUGGCACAGCCUACAUCGUUGAUGGAGGCUUCGGGGUGUCCUACCAGAUGUGGCAGCCGAUGGAGCUUGUGUCAGGGAAAGACCAGCCCCAGGCUCCCGGCGUCUUCCGCUUCACAGAAAUAAACGGUGUCUGGUACCUGGAGAAAAUGAGACGGAAACAAUACAUCCCCAACCAGAGCUUCUCCAACUCUGACCUGCUGGAGAAGAAAGAGUGCCGGAAAGUUUAUAUGUUCAGCCUUGAGCCACGGACAGUGGAAGAUUUCCGUUUCCAGUGCACAUACCUCCAGGCCUCUCCAGAUUCCCUCUUCACAAAGAAGUCCAUCUGCACCCUCCAGACCACCGAUGGAUUCCGAGCGCUAAUUGGGUGGACACUCACUGAGACCACGUACAACUACAAGGAAAACAUGGAUCUGGUAGAAUUUGUAACUCUUGAAGAUGAAGAGGUGGAAAAAACCCUCAAAGAGAAAUUCAACAUCACCCUAGAGAGAAAACUUGUCCCCAUUAAUGUUAAAGGAUCUUAUACAAUCUAGAUGACCAGGAAAACCUAUAGUAAUGCUACGUGUGUACAGCACCUUCCACUGUCUGUGCAAUCCUCACUGCAAGGUUAUGGGAUUCUUUUGCAGGUGACUGAAGGAUACAUAUAUUAACAUGAGAUUAAAGUGAAUUUCACUUUGGGAAAAAUCAGGAAUUUAAGACUCUUGAGUCAGUUGGGUAAAAUUAUUUGCUGCGAGAUGACUGCCGUUCAAUUUUUGGCACAAAUGUAGGAUUUGAUUUGAAUCUGGUUAUAAGCUUGGGUAAGAAAUAUGUCUGGGGAAUUUUGGACUGCCUGUAGCACAUGAGUAUGGAUUAUUAAUUGUGAUAGGCUGCCAACACAUUUUCUAAGGUUAUUAUAGGGAGACAAGUCAUCUGUGAGCAUUUAGACAAUGAAGUACACACUUAAAACUUCAUUUUUCACAAGAUCCAACCACUCACAGCUCAUCUCAUCCCUCUACCUUUAAUAUGAGUAAAACAUAGUCAUCUUGGAAAGGAGCAUUAGGAGGCAUAAUUCUUUCACCAUCAUCCUUAGACAAGCCAUAGUAUGAAAUGAAAAUUAUCAUCAUGUGCAUCCCUCUGGCCAUUACUGCAGUAAACUGCCCCAAGUAAUUUUUGGUAUGUACCUAUUCUUCUGGUGAUGAAAAUUCUAUAUAUUGCAGUGUUAUUGUGGCUGAUGGGCUCUAAGGAGCAAACUACUAAGCUUUGUUUCUGAGAUGCAAUCAUACUAUAAAAUGUGACUGGUGCUUAAAUGCCACAGCUGGCUUAGACUUACUUUUGUCCCAAAAGGGGUGGAAAUUCUGUAUUUUUAGCAUUGCAUUAUAUUUGUAUAUGAAGCUAAGCCCGCUAUACCCUUAAUUCUGUCCUGCAAACAUGAGAGUCCACAUGACUGUCCUGAAUGGAUACCAUAGCCCAGGAACUUUAAUGCCAUUAGUGUUUGUUCAUCCGUAUCAAAGUGAAAAAACAACCCAAGGAGCCAGCGAAAUCGAAAGGAAACCUUUUCUUUUAUUUCACAAUCACUUUUCCCCAUUUUCCAGAAAAUGUUGUUCUUCCUACCAUACUUCUCUGCAAAAAGCCCAACCAACAAAACCACUAAGACAGGGGAAGCAUUCUUAAAUGCAUCUCUAAAUGCAUCAAAAAAUAGCAGAAACACCAAAAACCACUCUCUCUCCCCAAUCUGUAAUUAGCCUGAGUAUUGGUCAAAUGUUGAUUCCUCCCACUGAAUAGUGUAUUUUUGCUCAAAGACAUCAUCCGAUCAUUAAUCUCACAAAUGCUGUAAGUGUAUACCUAAAAAUAAAUAAAAGGAAAAUAAAGGCAUUACAAGGUGUUUUAGGUACAGCUGCCCCCAGCUGCACUGACUCCUGCACACACCAUCCCCAAAGUGACGGCUGGUCAGUCAUACCACUGAUCUGCUGGCCAACCCUUCCCACCUCAAACUUCUUAGGAUCACAGGAUCACUGAGGUUGGAAGGCCCUUUAAGAUCAUGGUUUUCAACAAUGAACCCAGCACCACCACCAUGUUCACCAUUAAACUCUGUCCCCAAGUGCCACUUCCAGGAUGGCGACUCCACCACUACCCUUGGCCGUCUUCCAGUCCUUUACAACCCUGUGAAAAAAAUUUUCCUAGUAUCUAAUCAAAACCAUCCCUGGCAUAACUGGAGGGAUUUCCUGUUGUCCAGUCACUUGUUACCUGUUCCUUGGAAUCUGUUACCUGUCACUUCUUGAACUAAACAGGCUAAUAUUGAACAAAUGCAGCACUGGUGUUGGAGAUGGUGAGUUCCUACAGGUACCUGGGUGAAGAGGUUGUAGGCUGAGGAAGAUGAUCACUGAAGGGGAGGCCCAGGAGUCAUCUCUACUGGGCUUGGCAGCCAGCAGCUCUGGGCUGGUUGUGGUGUGUGCCAGCUCCUUGUGUGACUGGCCGUGGUGGCAGCUCAUGGCCUGGGUGCACAGAUACUUGCACAGGGAUGAGGAACUGAGAACCAAGCAAGAGGUGAGAGGGGACACUGAAAGAUCUUACUGAGGCCAGAACACAGCUUUACUAUUAAUAAUGGAAUUACCGAAUUUGUUCAGUAAUUUGUGUUCAGGUUAUUCCCUCACAUUAAAUGUUCCAUUAAGGGUUUUUACCCCUUUGUAAAUGAUUGAUCAUGACAAGGUGUUCCCCAAGACCUCAGGGAACAUUACAAGCUUCACGACACUCACCACCUCCAUUCUAUCUGAUGGGAUUCCCAUGUGCAUUCACGCAGUUCACCAAACCACUUUUCUCUGUGCCAUCAAUCACAGUUGUUUCCUUGUCUUGCCUCCCAACUUCCCUAGAGGUGUUCCUGCUGUUGCUCCCAGAUAAUUGCUUGGAUUUUUAUAUGUAAGGGUUUCUCCGGCAGUCAUGGCCUCCUAUCAGCAUUUAACUGGGCCUGCAGUGAUAGGACUCACCCAGCAACCCCUUCUAUUGUUUGGUUCUUACCAAAGAUCUACAGAGUUGCUGGUGACUGAGGCUCCAACCAUCCCCCUGACUCCUAUCUGUUAAUAACCAUUCUCUAAGAGGGAUUUUUCAUCUUGCUGUGACAAUUAUAAGCAGGUCCUCACUGUGCAACAUGAAACCACACAAA